AUGAAAGAUCAGGGACAGUGUGGAUCAUGUUGGACUUUCGUUGUUACGGAAGCAAGUUAUCCAUAUGAAGCGAUUACUGAUUAUUGUCACUUCAAGAAGGAAAAUGUUGGCGCCACUAACACUAAAUCGUUUCAAUUUCACAACGAAGGCGUUUAUUACGACGAAAAUUGUUCAGCAGCAAAUCUGGUUCAUGCUGUCUUAGUCGUAGACUAUGGCACAAAUGGAUCAAAAGAGUAUUUUAUUGUCAAAAAGUCAUGGGGCCCAUCGUGGGAUCAAGAAGGUUACGUAUGGAUGUCGCUUAAUGCAGGGAACCAGUGUAGUAUUGCUACAAUGACUGGCUAUCCGCUUGUUUAA